AUGGUUCGCAUUAGCCUCGUCGCCGUUGUUGCCUUUGCCCUGGGUGCCGUCGCCCUGACCCCCAACGCCUCCGGAGCCCGUGACGUCGGCAACGGUGCCGGCAAGCAGUUCACGACCGGCGGCUGCGUCAACGACGCCGACUGCUCCGAGGGCUGCUGCGCCGGCGGCGCCGAGGACGCCCAGGGCGGCGAGGUCGGCAUCUGCUCCGGCAUCGGCGCCGAGUUCCAGAACGGCAAGACCGGCUGCGGCUUCGUCGACCCCAACGCCGCCGCCACGAUCGCCGCCGCCAAGGCGCAGGUCCAGAAGCAGGGUUUCUAA